AUUUCUUGUGGCCUAAGAGAAUAUCUGUUACAGAUAACAGGCAAAUUAGGCCAUUAUCAGUGAAGCGUCGUGUAUUGACAUAGCAGUCCUGAACAUGGCGUCACUGUGGAUACUUGCCUUCUGUUUGGCUUUUACUAAUGGCGAAUGGCCAACCUACAUGCGUCUGUUCGACUACCCGAAGGAGCAGAAGAGUAAAGGAUGUCCUUCCACUGGACAGUUGGACUUCUUAGCACCCGUCACGAUCGCUGCCGUUGAUAGCGGGGUGAACAAUAUCGCCCCGUCUGGCCUGGCUUCCAGCAGGAAACACCCAGGAAUCCUCUACUUCGUCAAUGAUGUUAGUGUCGGGGGCACAAAUAUCUUCGCCAUUGAUGCAUCGACUGGUCAAAUUGUCGGAAGUAUUGGCAUCAACGACGCCACAAACGAUGACUGGUCCGCCGUUGCAGUUGGAAAGUGCCCUCUCGACGUCGACAUUGAUUCCGACUGCAUCUAUGUGCACGACGCCGGAGACUCGGUGCCACCAGCAAAGGUCGUCUACGUCGUUAGGGAGCAAUCUGACCCUCGGACUGACGUCAGCAAUGCAGCUGAUAAAAUCAUUAGUUACACUGACGUACGAGGUGGGUUGGGUGCGUCAGAAACCAUAUUUGUUGAUGGCCACGGCAACAUCUUCUUCUUCGACGCUGUUGGGGGUAACAGAGGGCUUGGAGCCAUUCUGUACCGUAUUGAGAUCAAAAGCGGAGUUGCCACGGCACGGGGUGUUCAGAAAUUAGACCUCGCUACCACCUUCACGAAGGGACCGAGCGCCGCUAGUCUGUCUGCGAGCGGUUGCGAGCUGCUGGUGAAGACACGUGACAGGGUAUACUACUUCCCAUUCCGAAAUGGUCAGAUCGAGGCUGAGCACCUCAGCAUUCUGCCUCUAUUUCCCAGAGAGGGCUACAAUGGUAUCACGUGGCAGGUGAAUGAGACCGGUUUCUACAUCGUAAAUGGAGGCGAUCCUGCGGACCUCCAGUUCAGCGCCCGUGGGAAAGGGCCCCAUGCUAGGUUUAACUAUGGACAAGCUAUUGGUAUCAAUGAGGGGGUCGACGGUAUCGCAGCGAGCAGAGACCAUGCAGGCUUUAUCUACGUGAUUCGUUCUGGGAAUAGCAAGAUCAUCAUCAUGCAGGAGUUCCAGUUCCAGGAGGUUGGUGAGGUAGACUUUGGAUUGGCCUUCACAGACAGACAGGGUAUAUCGACUGGGAAAUGCCCAAUAGUCCUGGGAAAUAUUAACUGUAUCUAUGUCCAAGACGGUGGAAGCAAUAAUGGCGGACCUGCAAACUUCAUCUAUGCCAUCCCUGAACCAGCUGACCCGUUCUCUACGACGAUCAUAACACUCGGCCCCGACAACUUCAUCCAAUACACAUAUCCUGGAACUGGCUCUGACGCCAUCAUGGUCGACUGCAGAGGCGACAUCUACAUCCUUGACAAGGGCCCAGCUGGUGGCUCUUGCGGCGUGUACAAACUAGACUCCGACAACGUUGGAAUACUCAUUGGUAGCAUACCGGUACAAUCCUCGUUCGGGGGCCCAGUAGGAGCUGACAUAUCACCUUGCUGUGACGAAGUCAUUUUAAAACUGUUGGAGAACGUGCUUCUGUAUCCCAUCAACGGUGGCACUGUGGCAUCAGCCCUGGCAGCAGAGCCACUCAUUCAGCCGUAUGUACAAGAGUUUGACGGGUUGAGCGUCGCUUUUGCUGAUGACUGUAGGUCGUAUCUGACUGCCCCUCGGAGCACUGCUGGACAGCUGAGGCGUUAUCGCCGUGUUGAGUGUUGUGACAAAAAGUACUGAAUGUUAAUGUAAUAAACGAUGUUACGGAA